AUGCCACCUCGAUCCAAGAUCACCAUCCCACACACACUCCGGGGGAGGUCCUCGUCCAGCCAUGGUCGCGGUCAUAGCGACUUAGCAAAUCGUCUUCGCGCUCGUCAAGUCAACAACGAGUCUUGCAACAACAUCACAAUUACGCCACCUGGUUGGGACGGCAGUUGUUCAGCGGAUGAUCCGUGCCCAAAUGGGGCUUGCUGUGGCGUCUCUGGCUUCUGCGGGUAUGGCGAUACAUAUUGCGGCGACGGCUGCAUAAGUAACUGCGAUGCGGUCGCCGAAUGCGGACCCAACGCUGCACCUGGCAAUGAGGAAUGUCCUCUGAAUGUAUGCUGCAGCAAGUUUGGCUUCUGCGGUUCAACGGAGGACUUCUGUGGCGCCAACUGCGUGGGUGACCAUUGCGGAACGCCAUCCAUCCCCUCCGGUGUGAACUCUGACGUCACGACGCGUGUCGUCGGCUACUACGAGGGGUGGGCCUCUGCGCGGGCAUGCGACGCUUGGUUCCCCCUGAACAUCCCUUCCAACGGAUAUACGCAUCUCAACUAUGCAUUCGCUCUCAUCGACCCUGGAACCUACGCUGUCGUCCCGAUGUCAUCUAGCGAUGUCGCACAGUACACCCAGUUCACCAACUUGAAGCAGUCGAACCCGAAUCUCAAGACCUAUAUAUCCGUCGGUGGCUGGUCAUUCAACGAUCCACCCACACAGACAGUUUUCAGCGAUCUUGCUGCCUCCAAGGCAAACAGCCAAGCGUUUGCGAACUCGCUUGUCAAGUUCAUGGUCACAUAUGGCUUUGAUGGUGCCGAUAUUGAUUGGGAAUAUCCGGUCGCCUGCGAGCGUGGUGGAGUGCCAGCGGACAGAGACAACAUGGUCAACAUGUUCAAGAUCAUACGUUCUACGUUCGACGCCUCUGGGCACACUUUCGGCCUGACAUUCACGGCACCUACGUCUUACUGGUAUCUGCAGCACUUCGAUCUUCUCGGCUUGUUAUCCCACGCCGACUGGGUGAACCUCAUGGCAUACGAUCUGCAUGGCGUUUGGGACGCGAAGGACAUCUUCAUCGGCAACAUCGUUCAAGCCCACACUAACUUGACCGAGAUCAAAGACGCUGUAACCCUCUUCCAGCGCGUGGGCGUGCCGCUCGACCGCAUCGUCCUCGGACUCGGUUACUACGGCCGCUCUUUCCAACUCUCGGAUCCGACUUGCAGCAAGCCCGGUUGCUCGUUUGCGGGCCCAGCGCCCGGUGGACCAUGCACGGCAUCCGACGGUACUCUUAGCUUCGCGGAGAUUCAGACCAUCCUCUCCACCAACCCCAGCGAAGGCAGCGUCACCACGACCACCCCGGUCUAUGACAAAGACGCGCAAGUCAAAUAUGUGGUCUACGAUACUAAUAACUGGGUCAGCUAUGACGACGCGGAGACGUUGAAAGCGAAGGUGUCAUGGGCCAAAGGCGCUGGGUUCGGUGGUCUUAUGGUCUGGUCUGUAGACCAGGACGACUUCAACUCCACGGCGCUCUCUGCCAUCCUCGGGCAAGAUGCAACGCAGGUUAUACCGAAGGCCACGGACAUUAACUCAAAGGACGGCAAGACCUGUAUGCAGCCUGGAUGCGGUCAGACAUGCCCAUCCGGUUACAUUCAGAUGUCGGACACCACGGACGGGAAACUGGCCGACCCUAAGACGGGUUGCAAGGAUAACGGCAAUCCAGUGUGUUGUCCGGUUGACCAGAUCCCCCAGAACUGCCUGUGGAGAGGCACAGCUCCCGAUUGUAACGGUGUUUGUCACGUCGGCGAGAUAACGCUUGCGACUGACUCGUGGGGUACCGGCAAGCGAUGCUCCUCGGGGCACAAGGUCUUCUGCUGCGAAUCCGGCUUGACGGACGAGCAAAUCAAGGACGCCACUGAUUGCGCAUGGUAUGGCCAUCAGUCGAAGAACUGCAACGACAAUGUCUGUCCCGCGGGAACGUUCACCAAGGAACGAGAUUAUUACGGCGACACGAACAUCUUCCACGCGUGUAUCAUGCAGGAGAAGCAGUACUGUUGUAAACCCCCCAAUGGCGCGAGCACGACCAACCCAUUCGAUGUUGAUGACCUGUUCCCGAACCCGCCUGAUGAUGGUGAUCUGACGUGGGACCUUCAAGACGAUCCCAUCGACGAGCACGCACCCGGCGGCGGGACUGGCUCAUCUGACAACUCCUUCGGGUUCAUCGCGAUGGACGGUCCCUCUAGCCUACUAUCAUCAGUCGACGCAUCAACAGAUUGGGUGGUCUUAGGCUGCACAGGCUCGACGAACGGCAUUCAAUCCACGACGGCGUUCUGCAGCAAAGCCCAGUCCAGUUCAUGCGACGCCGUGUUCGAGAAGGGCGCGGCUAAUACGAUCGUCAAGCUUCCGUCCGGCUGCGGCGGGCCGUAUGCGCGCCUGCACAGCCUCGAGGUCAACGACACGGCCAGUGUUCCGGACUCUCAUGUCUCUCGGUUGCCGACCGCCAAUUCCGUAUACACCCUGCAAUUCGACUUCGACUUCAGUCGCCUUGCGGAGACCCGGGACGCAUCCGAUGGCGCUGUGCUUCUGCGCAUCGAUGCAACCACCCUACCCGGAUACUGGGAAGAGAUUGACACGGAUGAUCCUGAUUCGCCCGUCAAGCGCCGUGCGCUCGAAGAGAGGUGGUUCGGCGCAUUCGGUGACUGGCUCUCGCGCCUGAACAAGGUCACGAAAUCCACCAGCGCCGAUCUCCUCAUGCAGAAGUCGUUUAGCUCCGUCUUGUACUCUGCCAGUCAAAACUGCGCCAGCGAUGAUGGGACAACGACCUUUUCCGCCUCGCUCGAUAUCACGUGUUUUGGUAGUGCCACCGCUCAUGUCGAAUACGGUUUUUAUCUUGAAGGGCAAAUCUUCCCGCCUCAAAUUAAUCAAGCCUACGUCUAUGCAUCCAAUGACGGUUCCGCAACGCUUGGAUUUGAGAUCACGGGCAAGGCCGGGAUCAAGUAUGACACCAGUAAAGUCAAGCUCAUCCCUUCCAUCAACUGGCCUGGCCUCUCGUAUCCGGGCAUCGUCACCAUCGGACCAGAGCUGAAUCUCUACGGCCAGCUCACGGGAAGUCUAACCUUGUCGGGAACGUUCGGUACUCAGGCUACGUACACUAUCCCGUCGACAUAUGUCAACAUGGGUAUCACCGACGGCUCGCAAUCUGGAAACCGCGAUAUUGCCACAGAGACGUUCCAGAUCCCUCAGACUUGGAAUAUUAAUCCUACCGCCGAUGUCAAUCUUGAUGGUUCCCUUCAGGUGGAUGUAAUCCCGGAGGCAGCGCUCGUCUUCCAUCUUCUGCCGGGAACGCCUGUGUCGGUCGGUGCAAGCGCUUAUAUUGACCUCGACGGCUCCAUGAUCUUGUCCUUCAGCGCGGAUCUCACUGGAGUCAAUGCGCAUGUCGGUACAUCAGCGGACAUCAAUACUGGCGUCACUGCGGGAAACUCCCUCUUCAACUUCGGACCAUACAAUCUCUACCACGCUACCUGGGAUAUCUACGAUUAUCACCUUGACUUCGGCACCUCCGAUCCGACACGCCGCCGUUCCUUGGACGUACACCUGAUGCUGCCAAACUUGACUACUCCGAUGCCCUUUACGCCCAAGUUCUCUCCGUUGAUGCACACGUACGAGAAGCGAGGGAUAUUUGAUGGGCUUUUGACCUGCCCGGAACCAAGCGACCAGUCCACUGGAGAGGCGUCCUGUGACGCUGAUCUCGCAGACGAUGACCCUGCGGAUGCGGACGAUGAUGAUACUAGCGACGAAGUAUUCCGCAAGCGGGAGUUUGUCACAUUUGACGACUUGUACAUGCCGGACACGCUUCUCGAUCCAGACUACGAUGCGACAGAACAUCACCUGGAGAAGCGCGUCAAAGUCAUAGGCUGCUCCGCGCCCGUGCUGAGUGCUCCGAACUAUCGUAAUACUAGGAUCGACAAUAGCUGGUAUUUCGCCGACCCGUCGAAUCCCAAUAGCAUCCUCAUCACGAAUGCCGGUGCGAACGCACCCGGCGCGAAAUACGCCAGGGAGCACGUGUACGAGAUCCAACUGCUUACACAGUUCAUGAGCGAUCGCAUCAAACCCGCACAACAGCAGUUCGACGGUGGCGAUUUCUGUCAGUGGGUGCAGAAAUACGUGUUCAAGAAGGUGAACUUCGGCAACGGCAACGCAUACCAGCUGUCAUCUCUCCUGGCGGAGACGGAGCCGAGCGGGAAUGACCCCAUGCCUGCAUUGCUCACCGACGCCAAUAGUGCGAAACAAGCCUUCAUCUCAGGGAAGCGUUCGUUCCGGAACCAAGGCACUUUGAACAAGAUGGACCCCGGCAAUGCGCUAUACCUCCUCCGCUCUGCUGCACUUUCGCUGAAGUACAUGAACGAACAAGACAUCCGCACCAAAUUCAUCCGCGUUGCGCAGAACGUCGAGAACCUCUGGAUACAGUUCUUUGCGGACUAUAACGCCUUGUCUGGUGGUCAGGCCUCGGCUUACAACGUGCAGACGGACUACCGAGACUGGCUGAACAAUGAUAUCCUUGACGGGUACGGGGACAGAGCUAACGAGUUCAUGAACAACGCCGCAACGGCGGUGCAAACUGGAAUCAAUAAUGCGGGGGGCACUCUUUCCACACAUGCGCCCAAGGCUUGCUCGGCAACAGCAGUCACCUUCGACUCGACUGACCUACAGGUACUCAUGACGAUCUUCCCAGCUGGGAUCACUUGGACCUACUACAGGUUUUCCCCAUCACUUGGAAGGGCACAAGAGAUGGCGAUAUCUACGCAGCUGCUGAACCGAUUGCCAUGA